AUGAAAUUGGUUAAAAUGAAAUUGAGCGUUGGAAAUAAUAUUUCUCUGACUGUUGUGGCUGUGAGAAGUUUCAUUCUGACCGUGCACUAUUUUACUUUUCAUUUAUUUUUCUUAUUUUCAGCAAGUCUCCAGCUCAACUGUGAUAAGGGGAAGAUCACAGCACACAUUGGGGGAGAAUUCCUUCUUAUCUGCACGUAUGACACAAAACAUUUCCUCUUCAGUAAGAAGUACUGGUGCCGUGGGGACUCCAGAAGCACGUGCGAGAUUGUAGUGGAUUCAGAAAAUACAGCUCGAACUAUAAAUAGCCACAGGUCCCACAUUGUUGAUACAGGAAGGAGAGGGCUGUUUGUGAAAAUCACAGAUCUAAGAUUUGACGACAGCGGAGUGUACUGGGUUGGGAUUGAAAGGCCGUACACUGAUGUCAUGACUUCAGUUAAAGUGGUUAUCACUGAAGUUCCAGUAUCUAAACCCAGACUUUGGCCCCUGAGCCCUCUGGCGGACAGGCCGACAUGCUGGGGGCAGCCGGCGACGGUGCGCUGUGGUUGCACGAGGGGCACUGCUGUUCGUUACACCUGGUUUCAAAACGCUCACGGCGAGGACAUCCUGCUUCAUCACUCGUCAGACUUACACUUACACUGCGGCACAGUGGAUGAGGGCGGCGAGUACUACUGUAUAGCAGGGAAUGACGUAAGCAGUCAGAGGAGUGAUGUCCUGUCUGUGCAGGUUCUGACGACUGCAGACAGCAGCUGCAUCUAUGUCAUUAAUAUGCAGGGCCAAUCCAUUUAUGACUGUGCGGACAGAAUGAGCACGACCACGGCCACAACUCCACCUCCGACAACCUGCCAGGCUCCCACGAUCACCUAUCCUAACACAGGAAACCAGUCUCUACAAAUCAAUCAAACUUCUGGAGAUUUGUUUUUCAGCAGGGCAUGGACAGGGGAGCCAUUUUGGUAUUUACUGCUCCGCUGGGGAUCUUUUGCAUUCUUGCUGAUAUUUCUGUGCACUGCAAUCAAAUGUACAAAAGCAAGAAAAAAGCGUGUCAAGAGGCGGGCUCGCUGCAGGCAGAUGCACCAUGUGGCAAAUUCGAUUUGUGAAGAAGACGGCUCGUUUCCUUCUGUGGUCACGUUUUCCUUCGAUACAAACAUUUCACACCGCGGUCUCAAAGUUUGUUUCCAAGUGGUGGGCAAUUUCAGUUUACCAGAAAGUUGCGUCACGGUUUGUGAGGCCGAGCCCAUUUCCGACAUCGGUGCAGCAGAGAAGCAGAGAAGCCUUCCUUUCUUCGGCCGCAGCCAUUGUGUCCGCCUCUUCGUACUUCACUGGUUGGUCUUGGUGCCACUGCCUAUGUAUGCGAUCGCUCUGGAGUCGGAGCACGCAUCUGGAGAUCUCUCAAAAAUCGCUCAAGACUGUGCCAGACCUGCUGGAGGACCCAACAUGCAUUUAAACAUCCUUAAAGAAAUUUUCACCGAUGGGGAUCAAGCAGACUUUGAAUGUGAUAUUGGUUACACUUCUGCAGGAGGGUCCUCAUCCAUUACUUGUACUGCUGGCAGUUGGAAUACGGUGACGCUGAAAUGCGAGAGGAGAAACUGUGGCUAUCCUGGAGAAGUGCUGCAUGGAGAAAUUCAUUACCCUAAAGAGAAUUUGUUUGGUGAUCAUAUUGAGAUCACUUGCUAUGAAGGUUACAGAUUGGUUGGUAACAGUAGAAUCACCUGUGGAGCAGCAGGGUGGAUGGGCAUGUUGCCGAGAUGUGAAGAGGUGACUUGUGAUGAGGCACCUCAGGUUAAGGAUGCCACCUUCACUCCAUACAAAGACACCUAUAACUAUGGAGAAGUUGUACAGUACAGUUGUCAAAGUGGUUUGACACUCAAUGGAUCAGCUUCAAUAGAAUGUUCAGAUGAUGGAACAUUUAAACCUGAUCCCCCAACAUGUAUCAGAGUUCAGUGUGAAGAUCUUCACAACCCAAAUCUAGUCUGGGUGAGUGGUUCUCAACCACCUCAUGGAUACAAGGCUACGCUCAUGUGCAAGUGCAGAACUGGAUACAGAAUCGUCGGGCAGCCUACCUUGACAUGUGACAUAAACAGUCAGUGGUCACCUGGACUUCCAAGAUGCGAGGCUGCUGCCGCCAGCUAUGGAGUCCUUCGCUGGUCACAACAAGGCCGUCAGAAGCGCCUUGUUGAAGAGAAAGCUACAAAACAUGAAGAGGAAGUAGCUCUCUUGGGGCUGAAGCAGAGUCCAACUGGCAGUGGUCAAGCCUCAGGGGAGGGGCACCGUGGACAAGUCCCCAGAAAGCGUGAGGCCAAACCCAUUUCCGACAACAAAGCAGUGGAGAAGAAGGAGCCUUCCUCUCUUCGGCCGCAGCCAUUGUGGCAGUCUCUUCGUACUUCACUGGACUUUCCAGUUGCCAUCAUGGGCGUCACUGACCUCCUACUACUGAGCUGUCUGGGAUUUGCCAUCACUGCUCAUGCUCAAGGCUGUGCCAGACCUGCUGGAGGACCCAACAUGCAUUUAAAGGACGAAUACAUCCUUAAAGAAACUUUCGCUGAUGGGGAUCGAGCAGUCUUUACAUGUGAUGUUGGUUACAUAUCUGCAGGAGGGUCCUCAUCCAUUACUUGUUCUGCUGGCAGUUGGAAUACGGUGACACUGACAUGCAACAGGAGAAACUGUGGCUCCCCUGGAGAAGUGCUAAAUGGACAAAUUCAUUACCCUCAAGAGAAUUUGUUUGGUGAUCAUAUUGAGAUCACUUGCGAUGAAGGUUACAGAUUGGUUGGUAAGAGUACAAUCACCUGUGGAGCAGAGGGUUGGAUGGGCAGGUUGCCGAGAUGUGAAGUGGCAAUUUGUGAUGAGGCACCUCAGGUUAAGGAUGCCACCCUCACUCCAUACAAAGACCCCUAUAACUAUGGCGAUGUUGUACGGUACACUUGUCAAAGUGGUUUGACACUGAUUGGAUCAGCUUCAAUAGAAUGUUCAACUGAUGGAACAUUUAAGCCUGAUCCCCCAACAUGUCACAGAGUUCAGUGUGAAGAUCUUGACAUCCCAAAUCUAGUCUGGUUGAGUGGUUCUCGACCACCUCAUGGAUACAAGGCUAGGCUCACGUACAAUUGCAGAACUGGAUACAGAAUCGUCGGGCAGUCUACCUUGACAUGUGACAUAAACAGUCAGUGGUCACCUGAACUUCCAAGAUGCGAGGUGGUGACUUGUAAUCCCCCACAUGUGGUGGUGAAUGGUUCUUUCAGUCCAGUCAAAGAAGUCUAUAAAUAUGGAGACGUUGUUCAGUACAGUUGUAAGACGAAUUUAAGACUCAGUGGAUCAAACUCAGCUUCAUGUUCAGAUGAUGGAACAUUUAAGCCCGCUCCUCCAACAUGUAUCAUGGUUUGUAGUCGCCCACCUCUGGUCGCGAAUAGGAUUUUCAGUCCAGACAAAGAAGUCUAUAACUAUAAAGACGUUGUUCAGUACAGUUGUCAAACAGGUUUUAGACUCAGUGGAUCAAACUCAGCUUCAUGUUCAGAUGAUGGAACAUUUAAGCCCGCUCCUCCAACAUGUACCAUGGUGACUUGUAAUCGCCCCCCUCUAUCGGAGCAUGGUUCUCUCAGUCCGGUCAAAGAUUCCUAUACAUAUGGAGACGUUGUUCAGUACAGUUGUCAAACAGGUUUUAGACUCAGUGGAUCAAACUCAGCUUCAUGUUCAGAUGAUGGAACAUUUAAGCCCGCCCCCCCAACAUGUACCAAAAUCCCACCUGUCCCCACAAAGAAACCAGCCAUUCCCUGUGUCUAUCCUUUCAUCAAACAUGGCUACCUGACUGGUGUUGAACAACCCCAUUACAGAGUCGUUGUUGUGGUCAAGUGUCGAUGGUUCUAUUACAUUGAAGGGGAGUCUGUCUUGACAUGUGAGGCAGGUGGUCUGUGGUCACAUUCUCCCCCAACAUGCGCAUUAAGUGGUGGAAAAGUGACAUGUGUGGUUCUGUUAGUAGUUGUAAUAGUUGCUAUCAUCAUUUACGUUAUACUGAUCUGCUGUGGAAUCGUGCCACCCCCUUUUGGAAGAAAAAGAUGUCAGAAGCGNCUUAAGGAGUGUGGAACAAAUGACCAAGAGGGAAAAUCUCUCCCGGAUGGCAUGGGGCUGAUGGAGACCGGAAACGGCGAUGGUCAAACCGCUAACGAAAAGUCGCCAGUUGUGAGCUCGGACAAAGUGUGACAAUAAAGCGUGGCCAUCCUGUUCGCCCAAAGAAUUGGCUGUAGAAGCGACCAGAUGAGAAGAGGAAUGUCGCUGGACUCCUUGAAUGUUUUCAUGCUGUCCAUGUGCAUGUGAUGGCACAGGCCAAUAGCAUUUCCUGAGUGUUUUUUUUUUUUUCUGAACCCCAAUCUGAGAUUCAUAAUCCUCAGAAAAAUUGAGCGCAAUCCUUCGCUUAUGCUUUAAGUGGCUCCUCUGAGGAGUUGACAGUCAUGUCCAUCUUUGAUUGACCACUCAUUUUCAGUAGUUUAGUAAUAAUUGGCUUCACAAGUGUUAUUUUCUAUUCUGUAAUUAUGAAGGAAUGAGGGUUAGGCCAUGUUAAUGUUAAACUUCACUUGCACUAAAGCCCGGGGCACGGCUCAGCUCAUCAGUUACACCAAUGGCUUAUAUAAUGAGCAUAAUCAGUAAAGAAUAUUUGUAUUGUUCACCUUAAAUACAGCUGGUUGCUAUCUUACAAACCAGUCCUGUAGAUUCAGUCUUCACCAUGACCAAGAUGACAGUGGGUUCUGUGAAACAGUCCCUUAUUUAGUGCCUGAACAUAUAAGAUAUGUUCCAUAUGCCUUAAUACAGGCGAGUGUUGUGGCUCGUCUUGUGAUUUGUGUGUUUGCCCGCGUGUUGCAUAAAUGUCAGUCUUGUUGAUCGGCCUGGUUAAUUAAGGCUUGAUUGAGGGCCUUUCUGAGCUUCCUGUUUAAUGUGUAAAUAAUAGUUUGUUGUUUCAUGUUGAUACAUUUGUGCCCUGUAACUUCACCACAUUAAGAGAAUCAAUUUUUGAUCACAAAGACGUGAUUUGUUUUAUCGUUGCCUCUUUUCUGAUUGUCAGUUUCAGUUCAGUAACAGUAGAAGAGCAGAAAUACUUUGAGUAUUGCAACACAAAUAUUUGUGUCUGUUGUUACACAAAGAUGUAUAGACUGUCAUCACUGAAAAUUUUGCCUGCGCCUCGCUAAUCUUUAUUUAUUGAACUCGUGUGUGUGAGAGAAAAAAAAGAAAUGUUACUCUUUUUGUAUUGGUUUGAAGCUGCUUGUUAUGCCUGUACUUUUUUAAUUCAACUGAUGAAAUAAAACAGUAACAAAGACUCACCACUGUGUGCACAAUCAACUCUUCACGUACGUCAAUAAAUCUAACACGUAAAAUA